GACUACUCCCUCUUCCUCAUUUCGCUCUUCUUCUUCUUCUUCUUCAGACAUUUUCGGAAAGAAGGAUAUUCAAAGUUUCGUUCUUUGUUACUCUACUUCCAGAUCUUGCUUUAAGGGUUCUAAAUGACGCAGUCAAGAACACCUGAAUUUGGUAAAUGGGAUGAUGAAGAUGUCCCUUAUUCACAAGUCUUUGAUAAAGCUAGAAAGAAUAGAGCUGAUAAGAAGUCAACUCAAGACAACCCUUAUGACAGUUUGGGUAAGUCUCCAAAACAUGAGACUCGAAAGCCUCUGGAUGGACGUAGCCCUAGACACGAACGUCGAAUUAGUAGAGAAGAAAUUGAUCUUAAGAGAUUAACAGAUUCUCCCUUAAUGCCAUUGCCAACUAGCUCUCCUUAUCAUCAUCGUCAUGGUACAACGAGUUCUAGCGAAACACCCAAACGAACUGGAAAGCAAAGUGUGGGAUCUGAUCGUGGUUUUGAUCAUUCACCGUUACACCCACAACAAAAUCAGACAAGGGUUAGUGGUACUGUAAUAGGGAGUGGAGUUUCAUCUGAAGGAAGCCAUUCAUUGACUGCUCCCUCCACUCCUGGAAGAUCUCGACUAAGACAGAUUCCAAUAAGCGAAGACACUUCUGAUCAAAGUGCUGUUCCUAGAUUUGGUGAUUGGGAUGAAACUGACCCGACAGCAGCUGAAGGGUUUACUGAAGUAUUCGACAGGGUUAGACAAGAGAGGCAGAAUGUGGAAGGGGGAGUGCCUACCACAAGAAAUGAGUUUUCUAGGUCAUAUGGUCACCAGCAACCUGUCAACCAGAAUUCCAAGAAAUGUUGUCGUUGCUUUCCAUGGGGCGGGAUGUGAUAAUGCAGAUAUGAGAGUUCAUCAGAUGAACAUUCUGUUGGUAUGGAAGGUAUAUUUAGCUUAAGAACUACAACAUUUAUGUGUAUAGAAAUCGAUUUCCCUCUUCUUAUAAUUCAUCUUCGAGUUUGUAUUUGUAUCAUCCUUUCCUUUACACCUUCAUUCUCUCUAAGGGGCAUGGAAUGUCUUUCUUUUCUUUUUUUUCCUCUUUGGUCUUCUUAAUUGCAGUGAUGAACUCUCUAGUUGUCCAUUUUUGUUCUGUAGAUUUGAUUUUUGAUAAGUGAAAGUUUGUAUUAACAAAGUUAUAGUGACCUAAA